UCUCGCGCGCGAGUAGAGUUUUACGGAUAUCCAUACCAAAUCCGAAGGGGAACGCUAGCAGAAGAGGAUGGUGAAAACGCCGUCGGCAGCAGCAGCCGGAUGAGGAGGACGACGUAGAGGGCGCGAUAAGUGAAUCUACCUUUCUUUGAUCUAUGCAGCGAACAGUGCGGAGAUACAGGCGGUAGUGCACGAAGAACUGUGAAACAGGUUUUGAAAAAGUGGGAAGAAGUGAAAAGAAAAAGGCCAAAAAUAGGACAGGUACGGAAGGGGACGAGAGUAGAUGGAUUGAUGAACCCAAAAGACAAGUAGAGGUCAGAGAGGAAGCUGCUGCGUCGCCAUUACCACACACAGACAGCGCCGGGAGGCAUACCUGCUCCAUUUCAUGAGAGCAGCGUCGCUACCAGAGGGCCCAAAGGACAGCUCUGUGCGAGAGCCGAAGUAGGAGAAGUCACGGUGCUACUCGUGGAGGUACCAGGUGUUGGCCACUUCAAAAGAACGGUCACUAUCAUUUCCAUGCUGUGACAGGAGACUUCGACGAACUAGUCAAAGCAAGUUUCCUGCUGUGCAUUUUGGAUAAUAGGGCAGAGCUGGUGGGGCAGCAUGGAUGACAUCAAGAUCUCUGUUCCAACAAUGGAGAGGUGUAGGAACAUCCAUCGCAAGUCGGAUAAGAGUGAUAAAAUCUCUGCAAAGUCUAUAAAGAGAUACAGUACCAUUCAAAAGCUGAGCCUUCCAGUUAUUCGGCAGCUGUACCAGCUCAUGACAAAGGGAAAACAUGCGCUCAAUUUCAUGUUCUUCGAAAUGGACAAGAGGGGACAAAAGAAAUACGUGGAUGCGCCUGAAGAGACUCUGUCAACCUAUCAUGAGUCUUUCCUAUAUGGACGAGUUCCUCUCACUAUUAAAGUCCGUGCAGCAUUGAGGGCUGGCAAGAUUGGCUACACGUUGGCCCUGGUGGAGUUCGUUUUGGCACUGUUGUCAGUCAUUCUGUACAUACGGUCGACGUACACAAGCUGGAAUCCCUUACCAGUAAGGGUCUUGGAGAUCUUUGCAAGCAUGUACUUUGUUGUGGACUAUUUACUCAAAGUCUAUAGUGCACCAUUUCGAGUUCUCUAUAUUUUUUCACGGACUGGAUUAGUGGACCUGUUGAGCGCAUUGCCAGUGAUUUACGUCUUUCAGAACAGUGCUCGUGAUACUGCAUCGGCCAUCCAGUUGCUACGAUUUCUUCGAAUCCUACGGCUUUUUCAUCUUAUCAGGAGGCUGGGUGUAAUUGGCAGUACGGUCAUGCAGCAGAUAUUUGUGCUGGUGAUGUACACACUUGGAAUAGUCUUUGUCAUGUCUGGGUUCUUUCAAUAUGCUGAGUGGAGCAGUAACCACUGUCAUGUUAGCGAUUCGGAGGCAACUGAGAAUUGCAUUGAUUUUUAUGGGGCCUUCUACUUCAUGAUUGUUACGAUCCUAACAGUUGGUAAUGGACCAAGUGCUCCUACAUCUGAGAUGGGCCGCUUUGUAGUGCUCAUAACCAUUUUUCUGGCUCUCACCAUUCUACCUGUGCAGAUUACAAAAAUUUCAGAUCUUACUUCUCGCCGACCUUAUGGGGGAACAUAUUCUGCAAGGGGCGUGCUUGGUGCAAGGUUUGAUUAUGCAGUUGAAGAUGCUGGACAGAUGGCUGGAGCCCUGUCUGUGCACCAAUACUGUGGGCCUAAUGUCCGCAUCAUUACUGAAUUGUUGAAUCCAGAGAAUCUUCAAAGUGACAUCUGGGAGGGCUUACCUGGGAACAUAGAGACUAUAUGUCCACAGCAGCUACGGUUUCAGCUGCUUGCUCGCAGCUGUUAUGUGAAGGGGCUUUCUACCCUCGUAAGUAAUCUGUUUGUUUCGGCAGUAACAUUUCACCCUCCAGAAGAGGACACUUGGGAGGAAGAGUACUGCUACGGCCUUGAACAUGAGGUUUACCCAGUGUUGCUACCAGAAGUGUUCCACAACCGAUCAUUCAAGGAGGUGGCUGAAUUUGUCUAUGUGGAGUUCAGUGUGCUUCUGAUUGGCCUUGACAUUACAGCAUCGCUGAAAUCUCCAGAAGUUUCACAGAUGGAUGGGUAUGUGCUAAUGUUCCCUAAGGAUCACCGCAUCGGGGAGAAUGAUGUGGGGAUCAUCAUCGCAGAGAGCCUUGCCGCUGUGCAAGCUGUUUCUGCAUUCGGCGCCACUCAAAGAACGCUUGCGUCCUUUCUGAGUUCAGGAAUUUCAACUUCUGUUGAUACAAAACAGCUUUGGGAGGAAACUCAGGCAAAGUGGGAGGAACUUGAUGACUAUGGUGACACUGAGCUAUCUGAGAUCAGAAGUGCCCUUUCCGCUAUAUCUUCCAAACAGCGUGGGAGGGUUAUCCAGAUUGAUCAAACCGGUGCAGAUCAAGUUUCGCAGGAGAUAUCAGAGCGAAUAUUGGCAUGGCCACCAAAAAUACUCCCAGGCAAGCCGCGCCUGCCGGUCAUCGCAACACAUGAGAAUGCUAUAUGCGCCAACCUCCGGGAACGAACUGUCAGCUCAGUGAAGUUUCAGAACCACAUACUUGUUUGCUGUGAGUGCCAGUGGCCAAGGAAUCUCUAUUAUUUUGUGGAUCAUUUGCGGCUGCCUGGAUUCCCCACCCCUCCCAUAGUUAUUCUCUCUCCACACGAGCCAAAGCCAGAACAAUGGGGUUGUCUUGGAAUAUUCCAGGAUGUUUUCUACAUCAAAGGGACAGCAACGAGCAAGCUCGACCUGUUCCGAGCUGGUCUCCCUUCCGUCAAGCAUGUUGUCGUACUCACGGAGGAUUUGUCAGAAGCAAGAGGGUUUUCCAGUGAAGAUGAUGACACAAAUGCUUCGAACAAUAUGUAUGCCAAUGAUCUCACCAACACGAUCGUGGUAACGGUUGUGGAGGGAAUACACCGAAAACUGAGUAAAGAACGUUUGAAAAGGGGAGGACUGAGAAGGGAUGAUGUGAAGCAGGAGGGGUGCGUGACUGCUGAGCUGCGCUAUAACCCGACAUUUCGGUAUGUAAAGCCUCUGACGCAGAUUGAUCCACUGACUGAGAAGAAGAUGUCAAACAAGAAGACCAGAGAUGGCCUCUACAUGUUCCUCCCCUGCUACGCAGAAGGCAAGGCAUUUGCACCAGACAUGCUGGACUACGUCCUGUCGUCAUCAUUUACGAACAAGAACACUGUGAGUCUGGUCGAGGGCUUCAUCAUUGGAAAACCGGCUGGCGAUAGAUCGCAGGUGGUUCUGGAUAUGAUUGACACCCCCAGUGAUUGUGAUGGCUUGACGUACUUGGAGGUGUUCCGGAAGCUCCUGGCUGAGAGAGACAUGCUGGCACUUGGACUCUAUAGAGCGACAUCCAGAUCGUCAACAACACCAUACGUCUUUACUAACCCGUGGCAUGAUGUUAUUAUCAAUGAAGAUGAUCGAAUUUAUGUGUUUUGGACGAAGACUGCAAACAACAAGAGUUACAGGGCCUAAGGCAAUCGGUAGAGAAAAAGGAGAGGUGAAGAACAGAGUGUGGGAGAGACAAGUAGGAAGAUAGGACAAAGUAGGACAUUGCAAAAGAGUAGGAGGUGGAGAAAAGUGGGAGGGAGAGAAAAGUGGGAGGGAGAUGGGAGUGAGAAGAGAGAGAAAAGUGGGAUGGAGAUGGGAGAGAGAAGAGAGAGAGAAAGAAAACUAGCCUGGCAGAGGAAGAAAUAGGGCAGGAAAACAUAGGAAGGCAGAGGAAGAUAGCCCGGCAGAAAAAAAAAAAAAAAAAAAAAAAAAA